AUGAGUAGAUUUCAGUCUGAGAAAGAUCAUCUGUUGACUUCUAGAGAUGACGAGGGUGAUCAAGUGGACAGCGAGUGGACAGGCAGUCGGCUCCGGGCCAGCAAGCGAUGGAUAACGGUGGAACCAGUGCUUAUGGUCGCUUUUGCUGCCGUUGGUGUGCACCUUAUGAUAAGUGUGGAAUAUCUGCAGAGUUUAGUCGCCCGAGAUCGCGCCGCGAACGGGAGCCAUCUCAAUCAAUCCUGCACCAGCAAUGCCUCUGAUCCGGCCUACCAGUUACAGCAGGAGAUACAGUCAGAGACGUCGCUCUGGGCGAUGUACCUCCAGCUGUGUGCCUUCGGGUUGGCAGCACUUACCACGCCCGUCAUAAGCGCCUGGAGCGACAACUACGGACGCAAGGUUCCGAUUUUCGUCUGCUGCGCCGGCAUUCUCGCUAACUGCGCGGUGUACCUCGCGGCAACCUCCCUGGACCUGCCUCGCUACGUACUCUUUGUCGGGGAAGCUCUGCAAGGCCUGACGGGCAACAUGGUUCUGAUCUCCCCUCUUUCGUUAGCCUACAUUGCCGACAUCACCAGGGAGAAACAGCGCACGCUUCGCUUUGUGGUGAUCACCGGCACUACGGUGUUGGGUGUGGCUUGUGCGCAGUUUGGCGUUGGGUACGCCGUAGACUCCUUCGGCUUCGCACCAGUCUACGCAGCACUUUGUGUUGCACUCGGAGUUGUGUUGCUGUACAUUGCAGUACCAACUUGCCUGCUUGAGACACGACAAGCUGACAGGAACAAAGAAACAACCGCUGAGCAGUUUGGCCACGCCUUUGGGGGGAUUGCGAGUUUGUUCAGCGUCAAGGAAGACAAGAGACACAUCCGUCUCAUCUUGCUGUCUGCUAUAAACUUCACUGGUAAUUUCCUGUUCCAGGGAGCAUCGGCAUUAGCAAUCCUGUAUGUAAUGGCAGCACCGAUAUGCUGGUCAGCGGUGACCGUGGGAACCUACACUGCAGUAUCCUUGACAUCAAUGUGCUUUGGAACCUUGGUUGGAGGAGCAACCCUCCCUCGUUGCUUCAAAGAGGGGUUUGUCCUGUACAUUUGCUGCGCCAGUUACCUGUCUUACAACCUCAUCACAGGAUUGGUAACUUCGACUGAACUUCUCUUUGUUGGCGCUGUUACGGGCUGCCUUCGUUAUCUCCAAUUGAUAGUAUUGACCGCCAUCGUUUCAAAGACAGUAACUGCGGGUGAACAAGGUGUGGCUUUGGGCAUCGUGACCGUUUUAGGACUUAUUUCCCUUUUCGUGGCACCGUUGGUAUGUAAUGCCACGUUCGCCGCCACCGUGGAGUUCUUCCCUGGACUGACCUUCGUAGCUAUGGCCGGUGCUAGCGUCUUACCUGUGCCACUCAUCAUGAUUCUGCAAUGCAUGACGCCCACGUUGAGAAAGAAGUCAAUCGGUCAGGAUUCAGACAAGAAGUCCUCGUCUUAUGGAGGUAUUGAUGAGUCAAUCAGUGCGCUCACGCAAGCAACGGAAGACGAUAAUUCCAUCACAGCGGAGGCGAUAGAUGCGGAGGAAGCCGGCCAAAGUACUAUAUAGG